GCAAAAUCUGCUAAAAUUAUACGUAGAUAUUUUUGGAUUUGAUUAACAUUUUUCAAAAACAGUCUAACUCUAUGUAUAGCGUCGGAGGAAAUGCCAAACCCCAUUGUUUUUUCUUUUGCGUGUCUAUUGUUUGUUCUUUCGCUGCAGGGUUCUAAUGGCAGGAAAUUUUGAUUCACGCGGGUGGCGCUAUGUGAGGAGAUGGUAUUAGCUGGUACCCAGAUCUCAUAUUUUUUAUAAGAGCACCAAGAUCUCAGUUGCCAUCGCUCUGGCAUAUGAUGUGACGUCAUACAUAUGAAGUGUGAUCUAUGGCUGCCGCAGUUGGAGCUCGUGAGGAUCGAUAUCGGCUAUUUUAGAACUUUGCAUUCAUAAUAAUAAACUUAUGCAAGGUAUACAUACAUAUACAUACAAUAGUGAAAUCAUGUUAUUUGACAUAUUUGGUUGUUGUUUCUUCUUUUUUUUUAUUUCGGUUUGUGGAUGAUGGUGAUACCUUUGCAUGUUCGCUUAUAAGUGUAUAAACUUGGCAUUGAUAAUGGUUGCGCGGAACUCAUAAGGGCUAAUAUAAGGUAGUAUGUUUCCAUGAUUACGUUGUGUUGCUACUAGCGGUGGAAAAAGUUGGUUUUCUGUUUGUUUUCAUCACUUAAGUUUGUAUAUGUACUGCAAAAAGCGAACUCCAAUCCUGCGAUUUUUUCACCGCAGAAGUCCUUAAUUUGACAAGCCAAAAACUUUUGUAAGGAAGUUGAUUUUUCCAUCUCUUAUAACCCAUUUCUAAGGUGUGUGUAUAAUCCGUCCGACUUUCAUAUUAAGAAAAGAAGUCUUCUUUCGUACACCCAGUUCAUUAGGUUAGCAAGUGAUCCCCUUAGAGGAGAGAAGCUCUUCUUCUGCAGUUUCACUAAUUAGUUGAGAAAUUCCAUUCGUUGAGGACUCCGUGGCUCUUUAGUUCCAUUUUCUCGAUUGAUUUUUUUUUUAUAUAUAAAGAUCACAUAUGCUAAGUUUAAUCAGGAUUAAAGGAAAGCUAAAGGGAGAGUUUGGCAACCAAGAUAUCCCAACCUAGGUUGGGUUAUCCCUAUAAAAACGGUUAUUUUGUGUUUGUUUCCCGCAUAUUUUUGCCAUGGAUUGGGAUAUCAAAACCUUCCGUGAUUUUCGAACGCCAAAAAAGCAGGAUUAUACUAUUCUCCUGUAUACUUGUUCUCCCCUUUUCCUAGCCAAGAAUAGUGUAACAGACUCCACUGUUAAACUCACGAAGGGUUUAUAAGUACCUUUCUCUUCUACUUACUUCUUCAAGCUUCCCAUUUCUUCCUCCAUAGAAAUAUCAGUGGUUCUUCUUUUCCUCUAUCGCACCAGAACUUAUGGAGAGUGAAUCAUCGAGUGUUGCAAAUGGGAGAACCACUUGGACUCCUCCAAUGGAUCAACUGUUUAUAGAACUUAUGGUGGAACAAGUCGUUGGUAAACAAUUACUUGAUGGUCAAUUUAGAAAAAUUGCCUGGGUGAGCAUUGUCACCAAAUUCAAAGAAAGCUUUGGACCUUCUUUUAAUAAGGAAGUGCUGAAAAAUCGCAUGAAAACUUUGAAGAAAAAUUUUAAUGUUGUAAGUAGUCUUAGAGGUCAAAGUGGUUUUGGUUGGAAUGAUGGAAAAGAAAUUGUGACCGCACCUGAUGUUGUAUGGAGUAAUCAUAUCGAGAAACAUCCGGAAUGCAAACAGUGGAGGACAAGGUCUCUUCCACAAUAUAAUGAACUAGCUAUGAUAUUUGGUGACAGUAGGGCCACUGGAAAGUAUAACAGGUUUAGGGAUGAUAAUAAUCGGGAUAAUAAUGAGGUCGAUGAGGAUCGUGAUGAUAAUACUGAAGACCAUAAUGAGAAUCCUGAAGACCAUAAAGAGAAUAAGUAUGGAAACGACAAUGUCAGCGAUGAUAAUACAUCUGAACCGCAAAAAAAGCUGAGAACAUUAAUAGGAUCUAGUUCUCGUUCAUUUAGAAAGACAAAAAAGAGUACUGGUGAAGGGAUGGUGGAAGCAAUUAGUUUGAUGGCAAGUGUUGUUAACAAUAUAGCGACCAAAAAAGAGGAAAAUAUAAACUCUUCUCUGGAGAAAAGUGUAGUUGCUGCACUUGAGAAAAUAGUACCAGAACUGGAUGAUUUUUUAUUCAUGCAAGGUUUAGAGUUAUUGGAAGAUGAGAAAAAAGCAAAGAUUUUCAUAGCGUUGAGUGGGGAUAGGAGACGACGUUGGUUAUUGUCAAAGCUUAACUAUUCCGAUUACUAUUAAAGUGGCAUAAGUGAUUAGGUUGAUGAUUUGAGUUUAAUUUGCAUUUAUAUGGUUUGGUUUCCAAUUAAUUAGGUGGAUAUUUUGAGUUUUUGUCUGGUUAUGUUUAGGUUCAAAUUUAAGUCGACAACAAGGUACAUAAUAUAAUUUAUUUAUGGCUCGUUCCGAAGAUGACGAGGAUGCCAUAGUAGCUGUCACAGCAGCGACAACGUUAUUGAUAGCAUGUUAUUAUCAAUACUUUGUGGAGAAGACCGUAUGUUAUGAUUCAAUUCUUAGUGGCUCAGCUCACGUAGAUGAAGUUCUAAAUGGACAUGAUGCGCGAUGUCAAAACAAUUUUCGAAUGGAAAAGCAUGUUUUUUUGCUAUUAUGUGAAUUGUUACAAGAAAAACAGUUGCUUCGCCAUAGCAAGGGAGUUAGAGUUGAGGAGAAGGUGGCGAUAUUUAUGCUUGCCGUUGGUCACAAUGAACGCAAUAGAGUACUCCAAGAACGCUUUCAACAUUCUGGUGAGACAAUCAGUCGACACUUUAAUGCUGUUUUGGAUGCUAUUGUUCAACUUGCAGAUGAUUUCUUGCAACCGGAAGGGCCUUGUACUCCUGAUGAGAUAAGAGACAAUCCGAGGUUUAAUCCAUACUUUAAGAACUGUGUUGGAGCAAUAGACGGAACUCACAUACCGGCAAUGGUUAGUGAGGAAGAACAACCUCUUUAUCGGAACAGAAAAGGAUUUAUUUCUCAAAACGUUUUAGUAGCAUGCUCAUUCGAUUUGCAAUUUCAUUAUGUUCUUGCGGGUUGGGAAGGUUCAGCUCAUGACGGGCGUGUACUAGAUUCAGCCUUAACAAGAUCCGAUAAAUUAAUAGUACCAGAAGGAAAAUUUUAUCUUGGAGAUGCAGGUUUUGCUCUUACGCCAAGUUUUAUUACUCCGUAUCGAGGGGUUCGUUAUCACUUGAAAGAGUAUGGGAGAAAUCGCCCAAAAGAUGCCAAAGAAUUAUUUAAUCUUCGACACUCAUCAUUACGAAAUGAAGUUGAACGUAUUAUUGGAAUACUUAAAAGGCGAUUCAUUAUUUUGCAAGCACAACCUCAAUAUCCGUAUGAAUCACAAGUGAAAAUUGUGCUAGCUUGUUGCAUCAUCCAUAACCAUAUUUGCAGGGAGUGUAUAAAUGAUUUGUUUCUUGAUGGUGAAGAUGUUACCACUGUACCAGAAACUGAUCCUGGGAUACCAGAAGACAAUAACGAAGGUGCCAGACUCGGGAGAAAUAGAGACCGAGAUUUAGCGUCAGAACUUCGUACUUCGAUUGCUGAUGCAAUAUGGAAUAAUUAUUGACGACGUCGUUGUACUAUUUAGUUUUUUAUUAUUAAUUUUUAUCAAUUUUUAUUUUUAAUUUUUGGAUAUUUUUAUUUUUUAUCGAA